UCUUUUACAAAGAAAACAUACCUUCUUGUUAAUUCAUUAGAUCAUUUAUAUUACAAGAAUGGCUCCUGAUAUGGUUAGUAAUACUAAUUCGCCAGUCACAAGUGGUCUUGUCAAGGCUGCUAGUUUGUCUAGCCGUGCCUACGUCACAUUUCUGGCAGGCAACGGUGACUACGUGAAGGGUGUGGUUGGUUUGGCCAAAGGGUUAAGGAAGGUUAAAACUGUCUAUCCUUUGGUGGUUGCAGUUUUGCCUGACGUCCCUGAGGAGCACCGUCGUAUACUGCUGAACCAGGGCUGCAUUGUCCGCGAGAUUGAGCCCGUCUAUCCUCCUGAGAACCAGACUCAAUUUGCCAUGGCAUAUUAUGUCAUCAACUACUCCAAGCUUCGCAUCUGGGAGUUUGUUGAGUAUAGCAAAAUGGUAUACUUGGAUGGAGAUAUCCAAGUGUUUGAGAACAUAGAUCACCUGUUUGACUUGCCAGACGGAUACUUCUAUGCUGUAAAGGACUGCUUCUGUGAGAAGACUUGGAGUCACACCCCACAAUACCAGAUCGGCUACUGUCAGCAGUGCCCUGAUAAGGUUCAGUGGCAAGAAGAGUUGGGUCAAAGGCCCCCUCUUUACUUCAAUGCCGGCAUGUUCGUAUACGAGCCUAGUCUUCCCACCUAUGAUGAUCUCUUGAGCACCCUCAAGAUCACUCCUCCUACUCCGUUUGCUGAGCAGGACUUCCUGAACAUGUUCUUCAGGGAUGUUUAUAGGCCAAUUCCUCCAAUUUACAACUUGGUGCUGGCCAUGUUAUGGAGGCAUCCAGAGAACGUUGAGCUGGAAAAAGUGAAGGUAGUCCAUUACUGUGCUGCUGGAUCAAAGCCAUGGAGGUACACUGGCAAGGAAGACAACAUGGACAGAGAAGACAUCAAGGUGCUAGUGAAGAACUGGUGGGAUAUUUACAAUGAUGAGACAUUGGAUUACAAGAGGUCCGCUGCAAAUAUUUCUGCCACAAUUGGGGGUGAAGCUGAAGCUAAGAACCUCAAAGCUAGAGCUCUUCGCUGCAUUCCCGCCCCAUCUGCCGCUUGAUCAUUCGCCUUUUCUUAAUGACAGAAAUAUGUAAUUUCUGAUUAUUGUUAGGUACUUGAAGUGCCUGGGAUCUUGUUAAUCCAUUGUACUUGUAAUUGGCCCUCCUGUAGCUUUUUGAGGUUGGUCUUUCAUAGGAGACUGUUUUGCGUUUCCAUGUUUUAAAUAGCUUGGCUUUGUAUAGAUUUGAAUCAGAUAUUUGAAUAGCAUAUAUAACAGAAGGAACUUUUUUUUUUU